UGUUUAUCAAUCAAUUAUUUUAUGAGAGCAUUCAUAUUGAAAUCUAUGAGUGUACUGUCAUCUGACAAAUUAUUGUCAUAAUAAAUAAAUUAUGGUGGUCAAAAUGUCACAAAUCCAAACGAAAGUUAAAUAAAUUUGUUUAUCAAGCAGUUUUUUACAGCACAUUACUCAUCAAAUAUGACGGAAAUUGAGGGGCCCAUAUUAUACGUGAUUGUUGUUGGUUUUCAUCAUAAAAAGGGCUGUCAGGUGGAAUAUUCAUUCCCGCCCCUUGUGCCAGACGCCCCCAAUGAAUGUCCGGCUGGUUGGAAGUAUCUGCCAACUCUUGCUUUACCUGAUGGUUCCCAUAAUUAUGAACAAGACACAGUUUAUUUUCACCUACCCAGUCUUUCUAACCCUAAACAUACAGUAUAUGGAAUUUCAUGUUUUAGACAAAUUCCUGUAGAGAAACUGAAAAAUAGAACUGCAGACUUAACAAGGAGCAGUGUACAGAAAUCAGUUUGUGUACUAAGUAAACUGCCUUUAUAUGGAUAUAUAGAAGUUAAAAUGACCUUAAUUACCCAUGCUUAUUUUGAUGAAGGAGAUUUUAGUAAAGUGUCAUUACUGGAAGACACCUAUAGACAUUUAAAUUCUGUUUUAAUGCACAAUGACUUAAAUUUACAAAUAUUUGUUGGUUUGUCAGCAAGGGAUUUUAUACUACAUUGGAAACAUAAAGCCCUUUUACUGUUUAAACUGUUACUUUUGGAGAGGAAAGUUGUUUUCUUCAGAUCUCCUGUUCAAUCAUUGUGUUCAACUAUUCUUACUCUUCUUUCACUUCAUCCUUUAAUGAUUGAAAAAGGACUAGAUCAAUCUGCUUGUGUUAAACCAUCACGCCCUAUGUCUCCUAUGCCCGAAUUUUCUGAUGAAGACAUAACACCAGAGGUUAGUCCUAAAAAGCAACCAACAGAAAUACUAUCUCAAAAUGAGGAUAAUUUAAACCAAAAUAAUGUAGCCAAUGGUAAUCUAGUUUCUGAGAACGAAGACGAGAAAUUGAGAGAAGAUACUGGAUCUUCAUCUCAUGAUUUAGAGCAAGAUAUAUCUGAGAAAACAUCCAACAGCCCUCAAACUCCAAAUUUAAACUCUUCAACAGAAACAGAAGCUAAUCUUUUUUCUCGUAUUUCCGCAGCAGCCCAAAUUAUGCCCGACGAAUGUCACUUGCCUUUGCCAAUUUUUACGACAGGUUACCUAUGUCUUCCGUACUUGUCGCUGCCUUAUAUGGACCUCUUAAGUGAUGUUAAUGUAAGGGGAUACGUUGUUGGAGCCACCAACGUACUUUUCAAACAGAAACGUCAACUCCACGAAGUCCUGGUCGAUGUGGAGACUGCAAAAAUUGAAUGCCAAGACGUCGAACUUAGAAAGCAACUGCAUUUAACGACAGAAGACCUCAGAUUUGUCGACUAUGUCGUUAAACAUGUUUCAGAAGAAAAACACGAUGUCUUUCUGGAUGGAGUCGGUUGGGAAGGAGGAGAAGAUUGGAUCAGGGCACAGUUCAAAGUGUACCUCACUUCACUCAUGAGAACUGCCUUAACUCAAGAUUCGAAUCGGGACUGUGAGCACUUCAAUUCAAAUUUUGUGGCGGCCUGGAGGGACAGUCACAAUUUCAAAAUCUGGAGAGGCUUCGAAAAUGAUCACUUAAUAGAAUUAAUGCCCCCUGGUCAUCCAUUUUCUGGUCAGUUAUCUGUCGCUGACAUGAAACUCAGAUGGACACAUACGAUGCAGAACACAGAAAGCGGUCGAAAGCUGAAUCAGGCCAUGGCAUCAACUGGAAGGGCAGUGGCUACUACUAGUCGUGCUGUAGGGGGAGCCCUGUCCCAGGCAAAAGGAGCAUUUUCAAAUUGGUGGAGUAAUCUUCUGGUAAGUCCCGAAAUUCAGAAAGGAACGGAGGCAACAAACGAAAGCAUCAAUAACGAUUUAAAUCCAACAGAGAGCGUAAAAGAAGGUGAAAACUUAAAAAAUAAGACAUGCACCCAAGACAUUCCAAAUACGGUUAGCAGUAGACUAGGUAAUGGAAAUCUAAUUGUGGAAAACGAGAAUAUUAUAAUGGAGAACAAAAAUAUUUGUUCGUACUCGGAAAAUAAGUUGUUAGUAAAGGAAUCACACAAUAAUUCUGUAACAGAAAGGAAUUUCGAAAAUAAAAACAAAACUGCCCUCACGGAUAGUAGUUCAGAGAAAUUUAUUAUUAACGAAAAAGAAACAGAAAAUAAACUGGCUGAGUUUGAGUGUAAGAAUGGCGAAAAUGUGAGUCACAAAAUUGGUGAAAUUCAUACAGUUUAAAAAGAAAAGAUAGCUAGUAAAUCGUACAAUUUUAUGCUUGAUAUUUAAAAUGAAAAGGCCAAAGGACUAUAAGCAUGACAGAAAUGUCAGUCAUAAUUACAGGAUAAAUAGGUACUAUGGAAAUAGUAACCGUUUCAAACUAACGCAUAAUUAGGGCUAUGAAACUUUCCUUGAUACCUAUUUGUCUUAAAAGUGAUACUGUUUUAAUACCUUAAGGCCUUUUGUUUAUUACGCUGCCGAUUAUAAGAUACAAAGAUAACAAAAAGAAAUAAUACAAUUUCUAAUUUUAUUAAACAGUAUCAUUUUGUGUUCUAGUUUCUGAUCUUUUUAGCCAGAAUACAAGCAAUCUAAGUCUGUUAACACAAGUUUCCUUAAUUAGUUUUGAGUUAAUCAGCGUAAUGCGAUUUUUUUCUUCAUUCUUUGUCUCUUUAACGUUAUUAUAUAUCACCUCAAAUUUACUUCCUGUUUCGAACUGAAAUUAAACAAACGUAAUAUAUAAAUAAAAGCCAUUUUCACCAUUUUUUUCUACCGAUAGCUAUAUAAAAAGGAAAACAAUAAAUAAUACAUAAUAUAUUAGCUAAAGGCAUAUAAAAUGUACCUACUUGCAAUAGUUUUUCUACAUUAUGAAA